AUAUAUUUUUAUAAUAUAGAAUUUUGCAGCUGGACAGUUUUGUAAGAAAGUAUCAAAUAAAAAAGAAAACAUUUUCAAGGUGGCAUCUCUGUGUGAUAACUUCAGCAUGAAAGUUAAUCCUAUAUACAUAUAUAACCUAACUUACUUCAACCUAAAUCUUAACCUUAAAAUUACAAAGAUGCAUUGUAGAAUCGUUAAAAGUGACGCAAAUACAUACUAGUUUUUCGAUAUAAGAUUAUAAGAAUUACUAAUUAUUAAUCAAAAUUGGGGUAAUAAACGAUAAAUUGAUUCCGUGAUGGGAAAUAAAAACAAACUUUGUCAGCACAAAGAUAUUUUUGAACGUAUGAAUUAUUUAUAUCAAGCUAGUCAUCUAAUGGCAUUAAUAGAUCGAUGUACAGCAUCUUACUUUGGUAAUAAUAUGGUGGGUUGUGCCAAAAAAGCAGUAUUACGCAUGGAACCGAAUUUAAAGAGAAGCAUAUGUAAAUGUUGUCAAACUCCACUUAUACCUGGGGAGACAGCUAGAGUCAGAUUAACAUCAAAGCCUAUAAAGAGGGUUAAAUGGACAUGUCUGACUUGUAUGCAUACUAAACAAUUUCCUACGAGAAAAGGACACAAAUUGUGGCUUGAUCAACCGGAAGCAAUAAUCGAGACAUUAGAUUAUACACCAAAACCAAAGAACGAAAAUGUUAAAAAAUCUGAUGCCCCUGAGAAAAUAAAUGAAAAAAGGUAAAUUCUAAAAAUUUUGAAAAUGCCAGUUAGUGUAUCUCUGAAACAAAUCCAUUUUAUACAUUAACUUAGAAUCUGGUGUACGAAUAUUUUUUAUUAAUGACUUACAUAAAAUAUGUUACAAUAUUACAAUAAAUUUGUAAUUAAUAAACAGAUACUUUUGCUAACU